UCACGGCCACAGUGCAUUGACUAGGAAGAGCAGUCCCGGGCUGCCUACUGGGCCAGGUUUGCAGAUGAGCAUGAGCCGUGGCAGCUUUACCCACACCAGCCCUGCAUCCUGGGAUUCAGCUGCAAGGACGGACAGACUCUGAGCCUGGAUCCCCGCCAUCCAGGAUACCUGAGCUACUCUAUCAUGUGGCCAUCUGGUCAGAAGUAGCCUCCUCCCUACCCUGGACAGCACCUUCAUUACCAGACUCCAUAUUCCUGCUCAGGCCUGGACCUACAACCCACAGCCUUCGGGCUUCCCUGCCCUGAGACGCUUCAGCCAGGAUGAUCAGAACUCUCCGACCAUCAGCUAUGGGCUCCAGAGUGGGUGCCCUGGUAAGUCCUGGUCUCGCCCUCCUGCUCUCCCUCACCGCCCACUGCUCUAGUCCUCAGGCUAAGGGCUUGCCCAAGGGAGGACUGAAUGCCAGUGAAGCCGACACAUGGGUCAGGGACAAUACCUCCCUCCUGCAAAACUUCUGGUGCUUGCCCGCCAGCCAGCUGCCCCGGGAACAGCUCUCCAGUUUAAUCAGAAGCCUGGCUUCACAGAGGGUCGCACUCAAAGCCUGGCAGCUCAGCUGCUUGGCCAACCUCGCUGAACGGCUGGGUCUCCAGGAGGACUUCGAGUUUCACCCACCCAACCUUCUACUUUUCUACGAUCUGAGCCAGGUGGGGGAAACUAACUGCCGAGCCUUCAUUCACCACGCUGCCCAAGGGGACACAGAGCUGCUGGCCAACUUGCCCAACCAGAGAGUUGCCCUGAAGCACACAGCCUUGGCCUGUCUGGGGGGACCCCACCUACAGCUCAGUUCGUCAGACCUGUGGCUUCUCGGGGUCCUGGUGUGUGACAUGGAGGCACCACAAAUCGUGACUGCGGACCCCAGUGUGCUAAAGAACUUGCUUCGCUGCCCAAAGCUUACUGUCAUGCAGACCACUGCCCUCAACACCCUGCUGGCCAAUGGGAAAACACAAAUUGGGCCUCCUGGCUCCUGGAACCUGGAGGGGCUACAGGCCCUGGGACCUCUGGCCACUUACAUCAGCCCCCACCUGUGGGAGAAGGUGCAGGAGGCUGUGGGCUUGGACUUCUUCCGCAGUGUCGUGGCUGCUUGCCGGGCAGGCCAGCUGAGCAGGCACGAUGCCAGGCGCUUUGUCGUCAACUUCCUGGAGUCCAAGGCCUCUUCAGUGUCCUCAAGGUCCAAGCGGCGCACAGGGAGAUCCUGUGUCCGUGGCAACAUCACAGCAGCCACCCUGCGUGAUGACCUCUUCCUAGUUCACUACGACUGCACCCAGCUGGAAUCCUGCCUGGGCACACGUGUGCUCAGGGCCAACCUGGACCCCUUGCUCCAACACCCUCUGCCUGCAGAGUGCCAGCGUGUCGUCAAAGCCAAGCUUACUCAGAUCUACCCACAUGGCAUCCCUGAGGACCAGCUGCACCUUAUCACCUCGCUGGUCUACCUCUACUCCCUCGCUGAAAUAGGCCAGUGGAACAUCACAUCUGGAGACACAGUGAUGGUCCUGCUGGCGUCAGAUGCAGCUCUGGACAACCAGACAGAGGCAGUUCUACAGAGGUUCUUGGACCAUAACGGCAAGGUCACUGGAGCUCUUCUUGUGGCCAUCGGGGGUUCCCGUCUCUGCUGGAUGAGCCUCAGGCAGAUCCAGAUCAUCCAGCCCUCAGAGUUCCGGCUGGCUGGAGCUCCAGACAUCUCUCCCUGCCCUCAGAGUCGGAAGGAUGUGCUCUUCGCCAAGGCUCAUGAGGUCUUUAGGAACACCAGUAACGUGGGAGAAUACUACUACUUAAUCCGCCCCUACCUCGGUGGUGCCCCUUUGGAGGAACUUCAAUACCUGGCCCACGCCAACAUCUCCAUGGACAUUGAUACGUUCACCAACCUCAACCCCCUGACAUUGAAGAGCAUGAGUGUGGACAGUGUGAGAAAUUUGCUGGGCCAGAACCUGGGAGAUCUUCGGAAGGCCCGCAACCACCCAAAUGUCAUCCUGUGGAUGCACAGCCACAACAUGUCAGACCUGUCUGAGAUGGGCCUGUACACCAGUCCCACACAGGCCUAUGCGACCAACGGGCCCCCCAAUACUGCCUACCCACCAUCCAAUUUGAUACACUCCUUGGAUCUGCCAGGGAGUGAUGGUGUUUCCCACACCUCAGGAAGUCCUCCAGUUCAUCUGGGGUACCUGUCACUUGCUGUGGCUCUGCCCUCCAGCCUUCUGUGGCUGCUACUAUGUCAGUUACCUUUAGGACAAAUGACCACUGCUCACAGGACACUAGGGCCAAUGGCACUGACCCGGGACAGUCAGACUCCUGAACGUCAGAUUCAGGAGAAAUGGAACUGCUAGAUGGAACAGGACACCUGCCUAGGCUGAAGUACAUGUCCCUGGCCUCAGGGGACCUGCUGCUAUGUCCUCCAUCCUAGGAGGCUGGCUCUGGUACAUACCUCAGCUCCCAGGAUCUGAGCCCAUUCUACCCAACCAAAAGGACAAGUUGGUAGGAAGAGACAGAGUGCAGAUCUUCUGGCCUAUUCCCAGACUGGUGUUACUUGAAUGUCACUUCCCCUCGCUGGUGGAUCUGAAUAAAGUGCAAGGCUAUUGCA